GACAACGAAAAAUCCGUAUGGUGACUUGCCGCCAAUAUUUGCAAGAUCCAUGGGAAAUACUGCAGCGUCGUUGAUGGCGGACUAUGUUGGGCAAUAUCUGGAGCACAGACGCGGUAAACGGUCGACGGACAAAAAAAUACCGCCAGAAGCCGAGAAGCUUGUUCUCGAUAGAUUCCACGGUGGGGAACGGUUAGUAAAUACUAUACGAUAG